AUGGUUACCAGGCACAGAGUCCAGUGCCCCAACCUGGACAUUCCAGAAGAGGCCAGGGAGGAUCUGAGAUGGCCUUCUUCAACUUGUAUCUAUUGGGAUAUCAAAAUUCCUUUCGGAACAAGAAAAGGAACACAACUGAAGAAACAAACCAGAAGGAACCAGAGCCUACUAGGCUUCCCCCCAUUAUCUCAAAAGAUGGGAAUUAUUCUGUGCACCAGAAUAGCCAUACAAGAUACCACGAAGCUGUCCGGAAGGUGUUGUUGAAGACAUUUCCCAAUCAGGUCUUCAGAAUCCCCUUGACUGAUGCUCAGAACUUCAGCUUCUGGUGGUCCCAUGAUCCAGGAGUGCGUCCAGAGGAAACCAUGCCAUGGAUCCGGAGCCCAUGCCACUGUCUCAUAAAAAGCGCAAUGACCAGGUUUAUGGAUCACUCUAUUCUCAAUGACAGAACCUUCAGUCUGUAUUAAGAAGAUACGGCUGCAGAAAGACAAGAUGAACUGUGGCAAGAGUGAAGAGGGGAAAAGAAGGAGGUUUCCCAGUUCCGAUGGCUGACUAAUGGGAGGAGGAGAUGUAGAAAGCAGAGUAAACAGAUUGGACUAAAAGUUGCUUGUGCGCACGGGGGGAGCUGUGGGGUCAGGGUGGGAGUGAUUCCAGUGUCCAGAUUGUUGUGAGAGCUGGUGUGUGGAAGAUUCCUGAAUAAGCCAGACCUUGGAGUGAGAGGUCUGUGAGGGGCCAAGGCACUGGAAAGAACCACAGGCCUCAUGCAUGGCAGGGGUCACACACAAAUCUGGGAAGGCACACACUGGAGCUCAUGAUGCUGAAAGGCCUUGAGGAGUCACACUCUGAAGAUACUGCAGCUUCUCCUUAGCAGGGAGAAAGCCACAGGAAGUCCUCUGACCACAGACAAGAGGCCCACGGAGCCCUGGGGCAGGAGGUCGCCUCCUACACCAGGCUCUGUCACUUCUGACCCACCCAGGGCCCAGAACAGCUACAGAGAACAGAGAAUUUUACAAAGAGUUUGAUUUUAUUGAUAUUUAAAUAUAUUAAAUAUUUCACUGAAAUACAUGGUUCACCAUCCUCCCCCACCCCACAGUGGUUACAUUAUAAAACCAAAGCCCAUGGCUUCCCACCUCCUGACUCCUCUACCAACUGGGUGAGGAAAGGGACAAUGGUAGCCCAGGGGAAGGGCAUGGCUGGCACUGUGGUACGGGGAGCCAGGGUGUGGACAGGCCCUCCCACCUGGCAAGAAGCAGAGACAAGCCACCCAAGGCGGAGGUCUUCCCACUCUGAUCUACUUAUCCCCUCACCCCUACUUCAUGGCACCAAGUAGUCUCUUCCUAUCCCUUCCUAUCCAGGGAUAUGGCUGGGGACAGGGGAGUAGAUUUUCUGUCUGGAAAAACAAGUCUUUUCCCCUCCUUCUGCCAUGACUAAUGAAGUACCUGAUGGCCCAUUUGGUUGAUGCAUGAAGAUGCCCAAGGGAGGCAGUACCCAGAAACCAGGCCUCCACAGGGAGCUGGUGUCAGAAGAGGCAUAGGAGGGGCAAGCGCACUGCCUGCCCCUUCCACUCCCAAACCUAGCAACUCUGGAAACCCUUCUCCUCUGCCUCUCUAGUCAUUUCCAAGACAAAGUGAUCUUCAAGCAAAAUUCAGGCUAGUGCCUUUGGCUUAAAUAGGUACAGACAGAGAAACUGAGGCACCAACAAAUUCAGGCCAGAGUCAAGGAGGUUGCAGGGAAAGGGGUAAAAGGAAGGCAAAGAUAGGAAGGGAAUCUAGAGUUCAACCUCCUAACCCUUCGGCUAGCCCUCAAGGCUUCACAAGGGGCUGGGGAGCCAGAAACAUGCUAGACUCAGGCUGAAGACUGGGGAAAGCCAAGUUUAAGGUUCCUCUUCCCCACCCCGUAGUACCAGUAUCCAGGUCCUCAGAGGGAUUCCAUGCUACCCCAGCCCCAAAGCAUACCAUGUCCCAGGACACUAUCUGGGGAAGCCAGGAAAUUCCUGAGCCUCUGCCCAUCAAACCCCAGACAGUUGAAGUGCUGGCAUGGAGCACUGGGGCUCAAGCAAGCGCUUGGGUCCCUGCCACAGACAGGGAGAGUCAUGCUGCACACAUGGCCCCCAAACGGCACUUAGGGAUUUGGCACAAAAAGGGCUCCUCUCCCUCCUUUUGCUACCACACCCUAUCCCACUCCUGUGCAACCUGGGCAUCUCUCUACAUCCCCUGAAAUAGGAAAUCCUGCUUUAUUCCCAGAAGACAGAGGCCCACAGGAGAGAGGCAACCUGGGGUGGAGAGCUGAGGAGCAGGAGCACAAGGACUCACACUGACCUGGAAAACAGAUAUGCACACAAAGACCAACAUGCACACACGGUUACACAAACACACAG